UCUAAUACUUUGCACUUCUUUUUCAUUUGUUUUCUGAACUGAAACCCCAAAAGUACCAAAUCCUCAAUAGACGGGUCCACGAUCCUUAACGUGCACCCCUUUUGCACAUGACUUUCUCCUUGAGAAAUUGGAAUCCCAAAUUCUUCAGUUUUCAAUGCUUGUAACUUUAUGGCAUUUGCAAGAUAACAGCAGCUGAAUCCCCAACCCAGAUCAAGAAUGAAGUUUUCUUGGCAAAUCGCCGUUUUCUCUACCGUUCUUUUCAUUCUCGCAUCUGGGUCUUAUUCUAUUGAGAAUUUUCAUCAAGCGUUUCCUAUUAUAGAGCCUGAUCCUGGUCACACGAAACUUCGCCUUGCAAGAGAAGGAUUGGAGGCAAUUGAGAAGAUAACCACACCCAUUGCAGCUGUUGCUGUUAUUGGUCCAUACCGUUCGGGAAAAUCAUUUACCCUUAAUCAGCUUCUUUCCCUAUCUUGUUAUGAAGGUUUUGGUGUUGGGCAUAUGCGUGAUACAAAGACAAAAGGGAUAUGGGUUUGGGGCACUCCAAUAGAGAUGGAUAUCAAUGGAGUAAAAACUUCUGUGUUUUACCUUGACACAGAAGGUUUUGAAAGCAUUGGAAAGUCAAAUGUAUAUGAUGACCGGAUUUUUGCCCUUGCAACUGUUAUGAGUUCUGUGCUUAUAUACAAUCUCCCCGAGACGAUACGUGAAGCUGACAUAUCCCGGCUGUCAUUCGCAGUUGAACUCGCCGAGGAGUUCUAUGGAAGAGUAAAGGGACAAGAUGUUGCGUUUGAACCUGCGAAGCUACUAUGGCUCAUCCAGCGUGAUUUUCUUCAAGGAAAAUCUGUGCAAGAAAUGGUUGAUGAAGCUCUACGACAUGUCCCUAAUAGUGAUGGUGAUAAAAAUAUUGAUCAGGUGAACCGGAUUCGAGAUUCUUUGGCCAUAAUGGGUGAUAAUAGCACAGCCUUCAGCUUACCACAACCCCAUCUUCAGCGCACAAAGCUUUGUGACAUGAAGGAUGCUGAGCUUGAUCCUCUUUAUGUCAAGAAGAGGGAGCAAUUAAAAGAAGUUGUAGCAUCUAUUAUUCGUCCAAAAAUUGUCCAGGGUAAAUCUCUCACCGGGAAGGAGUUCGUAUCUUUCCUUGAGCAGAUUCUUGAAGCAUUGAAUAAAGGGGAGAUUCCAUCCACAGGGUCCCUUGUGGAAGUCUUCAACAAGGGUAUUCUGGAUCGGUGUUUGAAACUGUACAAUGAGCGGACGGCUAACAUGGUUUUACCAAUGCCAGGGGAGUCUUUGCAAAAGGUUCAUGAAGAGCACAAAGAGGCAGCGAUGAACCUCUUUGAUGAACAGCAUUUUGGUCGUCACCAUGCAAAAAAAUCAGUUGAUAAAUUGGACGAAGAGAUUGAAAAGGUGUAUAAGAAUAUCUUGUUGGCGAAUGAAUAUCAAUCCUCAAAGCUGUGUGAAGCUUUGUAUACUAGAUGUGAGGACAAAAUGGACCAUCUUCAGGUCCUCAAACUUCCUACAAUGGCAAAGUUCAAUGCUGGCUUCCUCCAAUGCAACCAAAGCUUUCACAGUGAAUGUGUUGGACCUUCUAAAAUCAACUAUGAAAAGCGGAUGAUCAAGAUGCUGGAGAAGUCAAAGUCGUUAUUUAUUAAGGACUAUAAUAACAGACUCUUUAAUUGGUUGGUCGCUUUUUCACUGUUCAUGGUGGUGGUUGGACGAUUCAUCAUAAAGUUUAUUCUGGUCGAGAUUGGAGCAUGGAUUCUCUUUAUCUUCUUAGAAACAUAUACAAGGAUGUUUUGGUCUGCAGAGUCACUUUACUACAAUCCAGCGUGGCAUUUUAUUGUAGCUACUUGGGAAACACUUGUGUAUAGUCCAAUCCUUGAUCUGGACAGGUGGGCGAUCCCAAUGUGUGUAAUUGUUGUAAUCUUUGUGAUUUAUUGGCGAUGUUAUGGGAGAAGGAAACAUGGCCCCAGGUGGUUGUUACCUGUGUACAGCAAUCCUAAAGACCAGCAUAGAACAGAAUAGUCAAAUGGCAAUAUGAUGUCUAUUGCAAAGCUUCGCGAGCUUUAUGUUUUUAUGUCAAAAGCACGCUGGGUUUAUAUAUGGUUCUCAGUCUACCCUUCGGUUCAACAUGGAGUGGGAACCAGAGAGAUCUAAACAGGUCUUGAGCUUUGUUGUAAAAGUUGAAAAUAUUUGUAUCUUUUAUCAUUCAUUAACUUUAACUGUAACACUGGUGUAACUUUUUUAAACAAUUAAAAGCUGUAGUCAGAGAAUUUCACCUGGCAACUUUAGCCACCGCAUAUAUUUAAGUGUCACAGGAUUUGAGAGAGCACUGAUAUCACCCUUCUUGUUCUUGUAACCAUUUUAGUUUUCUUCUCUAUGAUAUUUUUACCUU